GGACUGUAUUUCCGGUACAAUUAGAUUUCCUUACUUCGGAUCCUUUCAUUUCUGCCUGAGUUUGCCAAGGAAUCCUUCUGCCCUCAUCACUUCUCUGUCCUGAACAAUGUCAACUGAUGGAUCUCAGAGUUUUUUGACGCCCAAAACUGCUCCUCGGGCCCCAACUCAAAAAAAGCUGAGAUCAUCCUGUGAUGCUUGCUCCGCAUCAAAAAUUAAAUGCAACCAAGAAAGACCCUCAUGCCUCCGUUGCAGAAGCAUAGAGGUUAAAUGCAAUUACAGCGCAUCGCGCAGGAUGGGAAAGCCCCCAGCAUCAAGGAAUGGGAAUGGCAUGAAAUCAACAAAAUCAAAGACCAUGUCAGCUGAAAAAGAGAUCAAAACUUCACUGCUCAGUCUUCAAAAGUUGGAAUCUGAUUCUAUUCAUCCCCAGAGCAGCCUUGCGCCAGUGAACUUGGAGGCCUAUUUUAUGGACUCGGAUGAUCUUGUUCCAACACAGUGGCAGGUUGCGUCGUUUUAUUCACCGGGUUCAAGCACGAAUAGCAGCAACGAUGCAUCCAUAGCACCAAUGAGCUUGUUUGAUCAUGACCUCGAUUUUUUAGACGAGGCGAAGUCAGAUCUAUUAGCUCCAAGAACUUUAACGAACGACAUGUUUAUGUUUGACGAUAUCUGCAUGGACCUCGGACCAUCAAAGUCCAAUGACACUUUCACUUCCCUUGAUGAGUCAACAGGUCAAACAUUGAAAACAAACCAUCAGCCCCUAUUCCAAACUCACGACUGUACAACUCUAGCGUCGUCAACGAUUCAAUUGCUGCGCCUGGACUCGAGCACUUGUGGCGCGUCAGCCACACCUCAUGAAAAUCCGUUUCAUCCCAUUUCUUCGAUAGAUCAAGUUCUCAUCAACAACAGGUCAGCAAUUGAAAACGUCCGUUCUCUACUUGGAUGUCCUUGCUCCCUCAGUCCUCAGUAUGCUCUAACGAUUGCAUUGAUCAUUCACAAUAUCCUAGUCUGCUAUGAGGCAAUUAUUCGAGCUACAUCCAACGUUCGUGCCGAACCUGGCAAUACAUUAUGGCCAGAUAAUCUCCGUGCUACGCCGAUUACAGUGGGCGCAUACAAGAUAGACGCUGAAGACGACCAGAGGAUGAGAAUACAGCUUGUGGUUAACGAGCUCCGCAAAGUAAGGGCUUUAGUUGAGAAAUAUGCAGAAAGAUAUUGUGCAAGCAAAGAAGAUGAAGCCCGCAACGCAGGAAUUUAUUCAGCACUGGAUAUUUUCCUUCAAACAAAGUUGAAGCAAGCAGUCAUUGAUAUGGUUUCCACAUUGCGUGGUUGAGGCACCGAACGGAACGAAACCCGCAACUUUUUUUCGUCGCUUCCAAUGUUUACAGGGAUUGUAGGCAUUCUAAAGAAAGAAAUGGGUGGGUGUACUAGCACAGUCUCAUAUGGGAGGAAGUUUCAGCUCAGAAUAGCGCUUCGGUAAAUUCACAGCCUAGAUAGGGCCGACAUCACAAAGUGUUUUUCCAGAAAAUUACACAUCGUUAGCUUUCACAAGAAGUUGAUUUUUCUUGCCAUGCCGGUGUUGCUCGGUGUCCCGUUAAAUAGCUUCCGAAGGUGUGAGAAAAACAUAUCGGCGGAACAAAUAAAAUGGAAGCUCUAACGCCAUAAGACUAAAACCAGCCACAAGAGAAAGGAAAGGAAGAAGGGUUCUCCAAGCAAUGUCCGCGAAAGUGGAAAAUUGAGAUUUGAAUACAUAGCAUGC